AUGCCGCUCGAUGAUUCAAUAACUGGUUCUCCGCAGCAAGACAUUGUCACGAUGCAUAUUAGAACCAAUGGCCCGUGGAAAAAGUGCAAAUAA